AUUCCAGAAGCAUUAAGAAAUUUAACAAUCAGUUCCUAACUUUCAUAUUAACAACAUGGAUGACGAAGUUGCUGCUCUUGUUGUAGACAAUGGUUCAGGUAUGUGCAAAGCUGGCUUUGCAGGAGAUGAUGCUCCUCGUGCAGUUUUYCCCUCCAUCGUUGGCCGUCCAAGACAUCAAGGAGUGAUGGUUGGUAUGGGUCAGAAGGACUCGUAUGUCGGAGAUGAAGCUCAGAGCAAGAGAGGUAUUCUGACCCUUAAAUACCCCAUCGAACAUGGAAUCGUCACUAACUGGGAUGACAUGGAAAAGAUUUGGCACCACACCUUCUACAAUGAACUCCGUGUAGCACCCGAGGAACACCCAGUUUUAUUGACUGAAGCUCCUUUGAACCCCAAAGCAAACAGAGAAAAGAUGACACAGCCAACCAUGAAGAUCAAGAUCAUCGCUCCACCAGAGAGGAAAUACUCUGUAUGGAUUGGAGGCUCCAUCCUCGCUUCUCUGUCCACCUUCCAACAGAUGUGGAUCUCCAAGCAGGAAUACGAUGAAUCUGGCCCCUCAAUUGUUCACCGCAAAUGCUUCUAGAUCCUUGAAGACCCACUUCGCAGCUUAACCCACACGAACUGAGCUAAUUUUUUCUAGAAUUCUUCAAAA